AUGCAGUUCGAAGAGGCCCUGCAGCUGACGGGAGAGUUCGGCGUGUUCCAGUGGCUUCUCAUCGCUUACUUGGCGCUGUUCAUGGUUCCGAUGCACGCGAUCUCGAUGGCCGUGCACGUGUUCACCCUGCUCGUGCCGCCGCACUGGUGCCGCCAGCAGGAGCUCGAGGCGGCGCUGAACUUGACGCGUGCAGAGGCGCGAGAACUGGGAGUCCCUCGUGAGCAGGACGGUAGCUGGAGUAUGUGCACCAUGUACGACAUCAAUGUGACAGCCCUGACAACAGGGCGACCGCUGAACGAGAGCUCCAGAGGCCUGCUGCCGGUUGUGCCCUGCCGAACCGGCUGGCACUACGACCACUCCGUCAUCUACCCCACCAUUGUCUCCGAGCUGGAUUGGGUAUGCGGCCAGAGUUGGAAAGCGUACGUCUCCCAUACAGUCUUCUUCGGCUCCAUGGCGAUUGGCGUCGUUUUCUUUGGUGCCAUCAGCGACAAGGUGGGACGGGUCCCCGUCAUGGUGGCAGUGUACAUGUUAGCGGGUGUGGGAGCUGCCACCAGCUACUUCUGUAAAGACAUCUACGUCUUCUUGGCCACACGCGUCAUCGAGGGAGGUGUGAUGCUCUCCAUUUGUACCAUCCCAUUUGUGCUAGCGCUGGAGUACAUGCCCGCGAAGAAGCGCAUGCUCAUGGCAGGUGUGUUCGGAUUCGCCUACCCUCUUCUGGGCGCCACAAUUCCAUGGGUGGCCUAUGCUCUCGCCCACUGGCGCCUCCUCAACGCCGUCAUCCUGUUGCCUUGCCUCGGUGGAACCGUCGUUACCCUGUAUUUUAUACCGGAAUCCAUACGGUGGCUGCUCUCAAAAGGAAAGACUGACAAGGCCAAGAAAGUACUGCUCUGCGUUGCCCGAAUAAACGGCAAACAUUUGAAAGUUUCAGCGAUAGACUCUCUCCAGCCACCGAGACAGGGCGAUUCAGUCCCGUCAUCAACAGCAGCGAUAUUCAAGUAUCCAUCUUUGCGCAGGAGCUUCGUAAUAACGCUCUUUCUUCGGAUGAUUGCGUGCCUGGCAAACCAAGCGGGUCAGCUGUACGUGGCCACCGCAAGCGAUGACCCAUUUGUGCUAUCGUCAACAACGAAUGCCGUGGACAUUGUGGGCAUUUGGGUUGCGGUUCCGCUGGCUGACAAAUGCGGACGCCGUGCCACAGUGGCUUGCUCCUGUGCUCUCGCAGGCCUGUGCUAUCUGAUCGCAGCUGGUCUCAACGGAAUGCCCGCGGCCCUUUUAGCCGCUCUGAUGGCAGGCCGGACCAUGCUGACGAUCGCGUACGACGUCGGAAGCGUCUAUGCAGCGGAGAUCUAUCCUACCGAGAUCAGGACCCAGGCCCUAUCCACGCGCCAGGCGAUCGGCUCCGUCGGAAGAAUUCUCAGUUCGCACGUUGUCCAGCUGGCCGUCUACAGUCGUUCCUUGCCCCUGUUCGUUGUAGGUGGGCUGUCCUGCGUGUCGGCGCUGAUAACACUGCCGCUUCCCGAGACCAACAACCAGAGGCUACCGGAGACGUUCCAAGAAGCCGAGGCGAUGCACGAGCUGCCCGUCGUUCCUUUAUUUCCCUGCUGCGUGAGAGCGAAAGUGCGCAGAGGCGACGUACUCGCCAUGUCGGCCGCCGCCACCAUCCAAGCUGACGCUCCGCACGAUACGGAGAGGAAAGAACAUCUCCUCAGCCAUCCUGCGGCUGAACACGGAGGCGUAGGCCAUGCGAUGUCCGGCAUUAGCAAGCUUUGAACACAUGCAGGUCACUCCUGCGAGGCACGCCGAAGUAGCGCGGUGGCAGUACUCACCUGAAAGUCAUGUUUUCAAGGGGGCUGACCCUUUAGCAAAUGAGCGAGCGCGUUUUAGCGUUUUCGCCUAUCGUUUCGCACCGGUACAGCUGACUGAGGUAGGGCCUGAAGUUGUCCGACUGAGCCCUUUGCACUGGCCGAGGGAGCAGUGCAAGGUCUAUAUUUAUAAAAAAGGCGUAGUCCAGCCUCAAUCAGAUCAAGCAUCAGGGAAGUUUGAUAGAUCAAAAUUUUGCGUAGAGAGCUUUCACUGGGAAAAAAAAGCAGAAUAAAAUGUCCCUAAUCCCUAAUAACACUGCUGAAGGACCCGAUGAAAUCCCAUUACAGCUAAUCAAACAGCUGAGUCCAAAGAACAAGGUACUGCUGACUAAUGUCAUAGAGCAAGUGAUUAAAAUGAAGAAAAAACAGUUUUGAUUGCAUGAAAGCAAGGUUAACCUUAUCUACAAGGGCAAAGGUGGCAAGGAUAAGGCAGGCUCGUACAGGCCAGUCACAGUAACGUCAGUGACAUAUAGAAUGACAAUGUAAGCCAUAGAAUUAGAGGUGUCGAAUUGGCUGGACAAACGCGAUAUACAGGGGGAACUACAGGAUCGGUUUAGACCAGGUAGGCCCUCAGAAGAAAAAUAUUUUCUAUUAAGUGUAUAGAUAUUUCAAUAGCUCCGAAUAGACCUUUAGGGAUAGCGUUUUUAGGUAAUGGGGUGCUUAUGACAACGUAGACAGGGAAUGGUUAUGCGAUAUUCUCAAUCACGAAAGCACAGAUGGCGAUCUCGUGGAGCUGCCGAGGAAGAUAUAUAGGGACAACCGAGUACAAAUCUUGUGGCAAGGCUGAAAGUGCAAUGAAGUGGUGGAAAUUCACCAAAGACUAAAGCAUGGAUUCCCUCUGUCUUCAUAGUUGUUCAUGCUUUAGAUUAAGGGCAUAGAAAGACGACUCGAAAACAAUGAAUUAGGGUUACAGAAGGCCACUGGGCUGAU